CCUCUCACCUCCGCAAGAUCGCCUGCCACAAUGUCCUUCAUCGCAAAGCGCGCCGCCCUUCAGGCCACCCGUGCCGUCCGCCAGCCCACCCUCCGCCGCACAUACGCCGACGCCCUCAGCAGCGCCGAGCAAGCCGAGAAGAAGAAUGUCCUGGCAAAGGGCGCUCGACGGGAUCCCGAGCUCUACAUUCUCCUAACAAUCAUGACCGGCGCUUUCGGCCUCGCAGGCUGGCAUUUUUCGCGCAACCCAACAUCCUCCUCCUCCGAGAACCCUGUGGCCCAAGUUGAGCACUCCGAGCCGUGGAAGACGGGCAAGGAUGCGCGCUAUCAAUACCACCCUGGUGGAGACCCGAGCAGGGGAAAGAAGGAUGCCCCCAGCGCGUUGAAUGAGGUUAUUAUCCCGAACGUGAACUUGCCAAAGGAACUGCACGAGAAGUACAACAAAUGGGGCAAGGAGGGAUACUAGAUUGAGAGGGAUGAGAUAUUGAUGGCCUAGAGAAGAAAGAGUAGCAGGAAGGAUUGUAUAUACAGUAUGGAGAGCAUAUCUGAUGCAUUAGACUGAAGCGAAGAGCGUCUGCUUCGAGGAAGUGCGUAUCCAGAAG